UGGUUACUGUACAUGGCAAAUCAGAUACUCCCGCAACCAACUCAGUCAACACUCAAAUGUUAUGAUUAUAAUUAUAAAGGUUCGUGCGGAAAAAAUCCCUGCUCAUAUAUGCACUUGUGCAUGUACUGUCACAAAAAUCAUCCAAUCAUACACUGCUGGUCAAAUCCAACAAAAACUCCAUCUAACACCAGACCAAAUAUUCCCCAAUCAGCCCAGUAUAAUUUUCGGCCCCAUUCCUUCCCCCAAUCUACAAUGCGACCCAGACAUUUCUCCCAAACACCCAGACAAAGAUAUAUGGGACCUAGGUUUAACCCCAAUUAAGGUGGGCCCCCUUCAAAAGUAUCUGUCUCAAUACCCUGAUCAAGAAGCUGCUCAGUAUUUAUCAAAUGGUUUUCAAAAUGGUUUUCGCUUGUUUUAUACAGGAUUAAGGCUUCCAAUGCAACCAAGAAAUAUGUCCUCAGCUAAGAAUCAACUAUCCGAACUCCAAAGCAUAAUUGACAAAGAAAUUCAUCUUGGUAGGAUGGCCGGGCCCUUUGAUACCCCUCCAAUAUCUAAUCUAAGAUGUAACCCCGUAGGUGUACUUCCCAAAAAAGAUGGUAGUUGGAGAUUAAUAACAAAUUUAUCUGGCCCCAUUGGUAAUAGUGUCAAUGACUUCAUUGACCCAUCUUUGUGUUCAGUGUCUUAUGAUUCUUUUGACCAUGCCAUCUCCAUGAUUCAGAAAUUGGGUAAGGGGGCCCUACUUUGUAAGAUGGAUUUGUCAAGUGCUUUUAGGUUAAUACCAAUCCAUCCAUCAGACUUCUGUUUAUUAGGUAUACGCAUUGAUGAUAAAUACUAUAUAGACAAGUGUAUGCCUUUUGGUUGCUCAAUAGCGUGCUCAACCUUUGAAAAAUUUUCAUCCUUCCUUCAUUGGUUAGUUUCAAAUAGAGCUCAUAGUUCAAAUAUUAUACAUUAUUUAGAUGAUUUCUUGUUCGCGGGAAAGGCGGAUACCCCUAAUUGUUCACAGUUAUCAGAAAUAUUUCAAUCUACCUGUGAGGAACUAGGUGUCCCAAUUAACGCUAAGAAAACAGAGGGGCCGACAACUAUGCUCUCAUUUCUUGGUCUGGGUAUUGAUACUAUAAAACAAACUAUUUUUAUUCCAGCAGAUAAAUGUGUUGAACUUGGGUCCAAACUUACCACCCUGAUCUAUUCUAAAAAGUCUCAUUAAAAGAAAUGCAGUCUUUGUGCGGGUCCUUAAAUUUCUUUGCUAAAGCUAUACCAGGAAGUAGAGCCUUUAAUCGUAGGUUUUAUAACGCAACGAUAGGCAUUAGAAAGUCCCAUUUCCUUAUUAGAGUUACUUCUCAGUUGAAAGAAGAUGCAAAGGUCUGGUUGGAAUUUCUUGCAAGCUAUAAUGGCCAAACACCAUUCCCAUCCCUAGACUGGUCUACUAAUGAGACCCUCAACCUCUUCACCGACAGUUGUGGUUCCUGCGGUGGAGGGGCCUUUUUCAAUAAUCACUGGGCAGUUAUUACAUGGCCUACGGCAUGGUGUCCUGAAAUACGUCGCGAUAUCACAUUCCUAGAGUUAGUGCCCAUAUUGACUGCUAUUUGGAUUUGGUCAGAUCAAUUUAUCUCUCGUAAAUUACUCAUUAAUACCGACAAUAUGGCAUUGGUUCACAUCAUCAAUUCACAAUCAAGCAAAUCUCAAAGAGUCAUGUACCUUUUAAGACCUCUAGUUCUGUUGUGUAUCAAAAAUAACAUUCAGAUAAAAUGUGUCCAUAUCCCAGGUUAUAAGAACUCUAUAGCUGAUUCAAUUUCUCGUUUUCAGUGGUCA